GGGCUGCAUGCUCUCUCACUGAUCAGGAUCUGUAAAGAUGAAGGCUUUUCUCUACUGGACAAGUAUAGUUGCCCUGUCAACUGCACUUGCUGAAACAGAAGAAGAAAGAGUGGUUAAUGGCUGUCCUAUAAAGAUGAAAAACGGGGGCAAAUGUGACGAAGAUGGCAACUGCCCCUACCAGCUAACAUUACCAGCAAUGACGAUCCAGCUACCAAAACAAUUUCAACUCCUUGAAAAAACAAUCAAGGAGGUUCAGAGCCUUAAAGAGAUAGUAAACAGUUUAAAGAAAUCAUGUCAGGACUGUAAACUACAAGCGGAUGACAACCUGGAAAAAGAUAACAAAGAUCUUCUAGAUGCUAAACAUGGAGAGGGCGACCAAAUGCAAGAGCUCCAGUCCAAGUUGAAGAAAAUGUCCAUCAGCCUGAAAAAUGCCAGGUCCCAGAUUAACACUCUGCAAGGCCAACUUGAGAAGAUGAACCCACUCAGUAUGAAUAGUGUGGAGGAUUAUGUGGACAAAAAGAUGGCAAACUUGUCUUUUGUGGUGAACAACUUGGACAACAAAUGCUCCAGUAACUGCCCAUUGCUUGAGGCGAAUCCAAGUAUACAACUCAUCUAUAAAGACUGCUCUGACUACUAUAAACUUGGCAAGAGAAUAAAUGGGAUUUACAGAGUCACACCCGACCCAAAGAAUAAAACAUUUGAAGUAUACUGUGACAUGGAGUCUUGGGGGGGAGGGUGGACUGUUGUCCAAGCCCGCAAAGAUGGCAGUACAAGUUUCAACAGAACAUGGAAUGAAUACAAAAAUGGUUUUGGUAAUCUGACCAGAGAGUUUUGGCUGGGUAAUGACAAGCUGCAUCUUUUGACCAAAAGCAGUGAUAUGAUCCUCAGAAUUGAGCUGGAAGACUUUAAGGGUAUUAAAGAAUACGCUAAAUAUGACCAGUUUUAUGUAGCCAAUGAAUAUCUUAAAUAUCGUUUAACAGUUGGGGGCUACAGUGGAACUGCAGGCGACGCUCUACACUUCAGCAAGCAAUAUAACCAUGAUCAAAAAUUCUUUACUACCCCAGAUAAGGACAAUGAUCGAUAUCCCUCUGGCAAUUGUGGGGCCUACUACAGCUCUGGAUGGUGGUUUGAUGCAUGCAUGUCUGCCAAUCUCAAUGGCAAGUACUAUGAGAAGGACUAUAAAGGUGUUCGCAAUGGCAUUUUCUGGGGUACUUGGCACAGCAUUCCAGAUGAGCAACUGAAUGGAUUAAGACAAACAUUUAAAUCUGUCAAAAUGAUGAUCAGACCAAAAGUUUUUACUGCCUAAAUAAUCACAAAACUGCUUGUAUGUCACCCUGGUAUCAUGUUAAUAAUAU